AUGAAGAAAAUGUUUUUAAAAUUCAGAGGAGGAGGUGAUGAUGAUGGUGAUGAUGAUAAUAAUAAUAAUGAUGAAAAUAAUAAUAACAAUGACUCAAAUAAAGAUAAAAUGGAAACUGAUGAACAAGCAUUAGCAGAAGAACGUAGAAGAAAAAGAUUAGAAAAGUUUCAAAUUAAUGAUGAAGAAUUAAUUGCAGCUGCAGCUGCUCAACAACAAUUACAACAACAACAACAACAAUCACAACAAUCACAACAACAACAAAAAGGAAACACUAGUCCAGUUAGAACCCCAAAUACUACUACUACUACUACCACCACUACUACCAGUCCAUUAAAACCAGUAACACCAACCCCAAUAACCACUAAUAAACCAGUAACACCAACCCCAAUAACCACUAAUAAACCAGUAGCACCAGCACCAACAACAAAAGAUUCUAUCAGACAAUGCGAUAUUCCUAUGACAGAAUCAAAUUACUAUGUACUUGAAAAAAUAUUUUUAAUUUAUUUACAACCAAAUAAUAAUUUACCAGAGAAAUCAAUUUAUUUACCAUCAGUUAAUGAACAAAUUAAAGAAGAGAUAAAAGAUGGACAAUUGAAAUUAGAUAAACCAGUUUUAGAUAGAAUAUUAGUUGAAAGAUUAUCAACAAAAGUUCAAGGUGUACCAGCUGUAGAAUAUUUAAUUUCAUGUUUUAAUAGAAUUCAACAAACUAUAAAAAAGAAAAUGGCAAUAGAUCAACAAAUAUUAAAAGAUUCAACCGAAUUGGUACUUUUAUAUUUUGGUUUAGUUUUAACCAUACCCGAUAUGUUUCAAAAUACAUCAUCAUCCUAUGGUAUUGGUCCAGUUCAAUUAAUGCCUUAUCUUUGUGGUGAAACAACUGAAGAAUUAACUGAUGAAUUCAUUUUCAAAUUUUUAAGUGAAUACCAAGAAGAUCUAACACCAAUUUUUGAACCAAUAUUUUUAGAUUUAAUAAAAAUUUUAUCAACUACAACUUUAACUGGUAAUGUAUUCCCAUACUAUAAAGUAUUUUCAAGAUUGGUACAAUUUAAAGCUGUAUCUGAUCUUGUUGUUACUUUACAAUGUUGGAAUAGUCCAAAUUUUAAUGGUAAAGAAAUGGAGCGUAAUACAAUUUUAGGUUCAUUAUUUUCACCAAGUUCUGCUUCUGAUGAUGGAUCAACAAUUAAACAAUACUUUUCAAAUGCAUCAACAAUGAAUAAAAAUACAAUUGGUGAUGCAUUUAUUUCAAUUAGACAAAUUCAAAUGAAUAUUCAUAAUGGAUUAGUUGAUUUAUUAAAAGGAUUUUUAAAGGUACAACAAGAGAAUAAGGAAGCAUUCUUAUCAUGGUUAGCAUCAGCAGUUGAAAAGAAUCUUGAACGUAAUAAAUUACAAGUUGAUCGUACCAAAGCAUGUAGUGAUGGUUUUGCUUUGAAUUUAUGUGCUGUAUUGGUAUUGUUAUGUGAAGCAUUUGUCGAUAUCGAUUGUUCAAAGGUUUCAAUGGUUGAUACUAAUUUCUUACUCUCUGGUAAGAGACAUGAUAUCACAAAGGAUACUAGAUUAUGUGCAACUUCAGAAGAGGCUGAUCAAUGGGUUAAAGAUGGUACCAUUGAAAAACCAUUGGCUCAUACAAAUUUCAUCACUGAAACUUUCUUUUCAACAUUAAGAGCUUUACAUAUUGGUAUCAAUUCAACUUAUGAAAAAUUAAAAUUAAUUGGUCGUAAUUUACAAGAUAUUGAAAAUAAUAAAAGGGUUUUAUUAGAUUCGAAAAUUAAAUGGCAAAAUACACCACAAGGUAGAUUAUUUGAAGGUCAAUUAGAUUUAUUAACAAAGAAAGAGGAUAUGUUAAAAGGUAUUACAUACACUAUUGAUGCACAAUUAUUUGAACCAACAUUUUUACAAAAAACUGCAUCAUUCUUAUUAUUUGCAACAAAUUGGAUAUUAAAAGUAAUCAAUCCAAAGAAUACACCAUUACCAUUACCAUUACCUGCUCCACCACAAUUUGCAGCUUUACCAGAGUUUUGUAUUGAGGAUAUUGUUGAUUUCUUUACUUUUGUUAUAACUAAUUUUAGUCAAGUUUUACAAUAUAUUAAAUUAGAACAAUUAAUGAAAUUUUUUAUUACAAUUUUAGCAACACCAGAAUAUGUUAAGAAUCCAUAUUUGAAAGCAAAGAUUAUUGAAAUUAUUUCACAAUUUGUACCAAGUAAAUAUUCAAAAGGUAAUCCAAUAUUGUUAGAGUGUAAUCAAGAUGUAAAGGAUCAUAUGGUAUUGGCAUUAAUGAGAUUCUAUGUGGACAUUGAGUUCACUGGUGGUCAUAAUCAAUUUUAUGAAAAGUUUUCAUAUCGUCAUUAUAGUAGUUUAAUUCUUAAAUAUCUUUGGUCAAUUCCAGACUUUAGAAAGAAAUUCACUGAAACUCCAAAGGAUCCAAUAUUUAUUAAAUUCAUUAAUAUGUUAAUCAAUGAUUCAAUUUAUGUUUUAGAUGAAGCACUUGCUAAAUUAGCUAAAAUUAAAGAAAAUCAAACUUUAUUUGACGAUCCAAAUUGGGAUAAAGAUUUAACACCUGAACAAAGAAAAGAAAAAAUUGAACAAAAUGAUUUAAAUGAAAGAAUUUGUAAAUCAAAUUUAAGUUUAGCAAAUAGUAAUAUUGAUAUGAUGUUAUUUUUAUCAAGUGAUAAAACCAUUAUUAGUGGAUUUAUGAGACCAGAAUUAAUUGAUAGAAUUUCAGCAAUGAUGAAUUAUUUCUUAGCAUUAAUUGUUGGUCCAAAAUGUACAAAUCUCAAAGUAAGAGAACCAGAGAAAUAUCAUUUCAAUCCAAAGGUAUUAUUGAAUCAAUUAACAGAGAUCUAUGUAAACUUUGGUAGAGAUCCAAGAUUCUUACAAUCAGUGGUUAGAGAUGGUAGAUCCUUCAAGAAUUCAUUGUUCCAAACUUGUGAAAAGAUUCUUCAAAGAGAAAGGUUAAAGAAUGACCAUGAAUUGGAUGAAUUCUCAAAAUUGGUCAUUAAACUUGAACAAGUCGCCAAAGAGGAAGAACAAGCUGAAGAAGAUCUUGGUGAUAUUCCAGAUGAAUUCUGUGAUCCAAUCUUAUCAACUCUUAUGACUGAUCCUGUCAUUUUACCAUCAAGUAAAACCGUUAUCGAUAGACAAACUAUCCUUAGACAUUUACUUAGUGAUCAAACUGAUCCUUUCAAUAGAUCUCAUUUAACACCUGAAAUGUUAAUUGAUGAUGUUGAAACAAAGAAAAAAAUUGAUGAAUGGUUAGCUUCAAAGAAAAAACAAUAA